AUGGCGUCGUUCAACUUCGGGGGGCUCAAUGCCGCUUCUCGGAGGAAGAGCAUUUAUGCCCGCAACGCAGCCGUCGAGAGGCGGAACCUCAUUACAGUCUGCAGGUUUUCUAUCAAGACACUGAUUGAUCGUUCAUGCUUUGAAACUAUUGAUGAUUCAUAUCCUGAAUUCAAUAAUUUUGCAGCUAUUCUGGAACAAAUUCUAAGCCAUCGGCUCAAAGGUCAAAUCACUUGGUUUGGGUAUGAAAGCCCUCGUAGUUUCUGGGAUUAUAUUAAGGUGGCUUGUCGCAAGGUUUCAUAUAAUUGCAUCUGUAGCAUUGAGAAUAUGGAAAAUGUUGCUUCUUCAAGAGCUAGGGGAAGGGCUUGGAUUAGAGUAGCACUUAUGGAGAAACACUUGUCUGAAUAUAUUUCUGCAGCUUUGAGAGACUUCAAAACAACCAGAAGAUUCUAUGAAGAUGGAGCAAUUGUAUUGGGAGAAGAAGCAAACAUGCUAGCUGGUAUGCUGCUUGGACUCAAUGCUAUUGAUUUCAGCUUCUGCCUCAAAGGUGAAGGUUUGGAUGGCAACUAUCCAGCUGUGAUAGAUUAUACACCAUAUCUGAAAUUCACCCAAAGUUCUGACAGCAUCAGUAGUGAUGAGGAAGAGCUAAGAACACUGGGCAGUAGUGGUAGUGAAAGCAGUACUCCAGAAAACAUUGGUCCUCCUUUCAGCAUGGAUGAGAAUAGCUGGUACAACAAGUGCAAACGGGUUGAACAGAAAUACCACCUCACACUGGAACAGAAGGGUUAUCUAGAAGAGCUAGUACGCCUUAGAGAGACCCAGCUGGCUGAAUCCAUCUCUCAGAAGAAGGCAUUGCAGCAGAAGAUAGAAUCUAUGGAUCUGGCCCAUAAAAUGGAGAAAGAACAACUUGAGUACAUCAUUGUGGAACUGCAGGACCAACUAACUGUGCUAAAGAAUAAUGAUUUAAGAUCAAGACAAGAAUUAACUACCCAUCUCACCAAUCAGUGGCCUUCCCCAGGAGCUCUGGAUGUUAAUGCUGUUGCCUUGGAUACGCUACUUUAUGGAAAGCAAAAUAAGCAAUGGGAUGAAAAGAGUUAUCACAGCCUGGAUCAGCUCUCUGCUGAUGUUAGCUUUUCUCAGACAUCCCUGGAUCCAAGUAAUCCACCAGAUGGAGAUGGGAAACAAGAUGGACUAAAUUUACUUAGCGAAGGGAAAGAAGACACUCCUUCAUUACUUGGCCUUUGUGGUUCUUUGACUUCAGUUGCAAGUUACAAAUCUCUCACAAGCUUGAAAUCAAGUGAAUAUCUUGCAAGUCCUACAACAGAGAUAACAAGUCCUGGACUAACACCUUCUUGAACAAAUCUAAACAGAAAGAAGCUUCUGUGUCUGCAUUCAAUUGGCAUUCCUAAUUUACUGUGAAGACAUGUCAACCCAAUUAAAAAAAAAUUUUUUUUGUUUCUGCCAAAUCUAAAAACCUGUGUUUAAUAACUGUAUUGGAAAACAAACUAGGAUAUACAUCAACUCCAUAACAAUAUUCAUGUUUUUCAAUUAACAACUUACAGUUAAAACUAAAAUC